CACCGGCCCUCUGACUCUUUGCACCCAGCAGAGUGAGAAGCUUAGCUGGUCUCUUCAAGGAAGUCCUGUUGGUCACUAGGAGCACAUCACGCUCUCUUGGAACCAUGAUCUUCACUCCUUUCCUUCCGCCUCCUGACCUGAACCUGAAAGGCCAGCCUAAAGUCACCAAGGAAUGUGCUGUUUUCUCUGACACGGUGGAGCGCUCAUCCAAUGGCACAGGCCUACCCAGGGCGUCUGCUGGUCCCCAAGGGUCUUGGAGGAGCUGGUUCCAGAGAGUCCUGGCAUUUUUCACCAAGUCUUUCAGGGGAGGAUACCGGACACUCGGAAGCCAAGACCACGUUGCCACAGACACAGACCCCUGAAUGCUGGCCAGGCCUCCUGUGCUGCCACAUGCCCCUGCUUUCCCCAGUCGCUGGGCCUGAAAUAAAUGUGGUAUG